AUGUUGGAGAUCUCAAAAGGAGUGGCUAAAUGGGAACUCACCAUCAAGCUCCAAGAAGAACCUGCAUUCUGCGUACAGAUUAACGAACCUGAACCUCCCUCAAAUAAUCAGUCAUGGAUCCCUCAGGCCUUCGUCACAGACAAUGGAAUGCCGUUCGUCAAUAAAAAGAUGGGCAAUUUCCUUAAUAAGUUCAAGAUUCAACGCCAUCGGUCAAGUCCCUACCAUCCUCAAAUGAACGGUGGGGUCGAAGCCGCAAAUAAGACUAUCAUCCACAUACUGGAGAGGAUGGUGAAGACAUAUCGUGAUUGGUCAGAAAUGCUUCCCUACACACAUUGGGCCUAUCGAACGUCUGUAUGGUCUGUUACAGGCGCAACUCCAUAUGAGCUCGUAUAUGGAAUGGAAGCAGUGCUGCCAGUCGAAAUUGAAAUCCCAUCACUACGGAUACUGCUGGAAAGUGAAGUCGAAGAAGGCAAAUGGCAACAAGCAAGGUAUGAUCAGCUGCAUCUGGCAGAUGAAAAGCGCUUACGACCGCUAAGCCACUCCCAAUGUUAUCAAAGAAGGAUCGCUCGAGCCUACAACAAGAGGGUCUGA